AGGUCGAGUGCAGCGCAGUGGUGGGUUUCCCGUGAGCGGCGGACUGACAGCAGCGAAAACGAGAGCGUCAAUCUGCUUUAGACACGGCGAAGGAACAGGCAGCCGGAGACAGGCUGCAGCCCGGCGGCACUGCGGCGCCUUCUCACUGAUGGAGGAAGAACAUGGUGCUUCAUUCAGCGGCUACUGGCUGAUACACCGCGGCUUCCAUUUUCCAUAGGAAAAAAAAAGAAAAACACACGGCUGGAGGAGAAACCGACGAGUGCGAGCAUGAAUCCAGCGGAGCAGACGGUGACAUGGCUCAUCACGCUCGGGGUCUUGGAGUCGCCCAAAAAGACGGUGUCGGACCCCGACGGGUUUCUGCAGAGCGCGCUAAAGGACGGGGUCGUGCUGUGCCGGUUACUGGAGCGCCUGCGCCCGGGCUCCACCGAGAAAAUUUUUCACGACCCCAAAAGCGACAGCGAGUGCCUGAGCAACAUAAAGGAGUUUCUGAAGGGCUGCGCUGCGUUUCGUGUCGAGCCGUUUGAGCCUACUGACCUACUCCAAGGCCAGAAUUUUAGCAAAGUCCUCACUACACUGGUUGCACUGAACAAAGUGACUGCAGAUAUCGGCGUUGGCAGUGACUCUGUAUGCACGCGCCACUCUUCUGCCCACCGCAUCAAGUCUUUCGAAUCCCUGGUGUCCCAGACCUCACUGGGCCGAUCAUCUAAACUGCUCCAUAACCAGUUCCGAAGCCUGGAUAUGACCGAGAACAGUAACGCCCAGUUGGUGGUGAAAGCUCGCUUCAACUUCCAGCAGACCAAUGAGGAUGAGCUCUCCUUCAACAAGGGUGACAUCAUUAAUGUCACCCGCACGGAGGAGGGGGGAUGGUGGGAGGGUUCCCUCAAUGGAAAGACAGGAUGGUUUCCAAGCAACUACGUCAGAGAGGUCAAAGGUUGUGGCAAGUACAAACAAGUCUCUCCCAAAUCUGGAACACUUAAAAGUCCCCCGAAAGGCUUUGAUACAACUGCUCUCAGCAAGACAUACUACAACCUGGUGCUACAAAACAUUUUAGAAACAGAAACGGAGUACUCGAAGGAUCUUCAGAAUCUACUGUCAAUCUACCUGAGACCACUACAGAACACAGAGAAACUUAGCCCUGCAGAUAUCAGUGUCAUUCUGGGGAACCUGGAGGAAAUCAGCACCUUCCAGCAAACCCUUGUCCAGUCACUGGAGGACUGCACCAAACUACCUGAGCUGCAGCAGAAAGUAGGAGGCUUCUUCCUGAACCUCAUGCCCAAAAUGAGAGCUCUGUAUAUGGGUUAUUGCUCCAACCAUCCAUCAGCUGUCAACAUUCUGACUGAUCACAGUGAGGAUCUAGGAGAGUUUAUGGAGGGGAGAGGGGCCAGUUCUCCAGGCAUCAUCACUCUGACGACAGGCCUUAGCAAACCUUUCAUGAGACUAGACAAAUACCCUACACUGCUGAAAGAGCUAGAGAGACACAUGGAGGAAGGUCACCCAGAUCGGACAGAAAUUCAGAAGUGUAUGACUGCAUUCAAGAAUCUUUCUGCCCAGUGUCAGGAGGUGCGGAAGCGUAAGGAGCUGGAGCUUCAGAUUCUCACUGAGUCCAUUCGGCUGUGGGAGGGGGAGGACAUCAAGACUCUGGGCUCUGUGCUCUACAUGAGUCAGGCCAUGGUACAGAACCAUGGUUGUGAGGAGAGGAACGAACGUUAUCUUAUGCUCUUCCCACAUGUUCUACUUAUUCUCUCGGCUAGCCCAAGAAUGAGUGGCUUCAUCUACCAGGGCAAGCUACCUUUGAGCGGCAUGACAGUAACUCCAUUAGAGGACUGUGAAAGCCACAAAAAUGCUUUUGAGCUCUCGGGAAGCAUGUUUGAAAGGCUGCAGGUUGUCUGCUUUAACAAGCAGGAUCAGCAGGACUGGCUGGAGCACCUGAACCGUCAGACCAAACACACCACCAUGACAGCGCCCAGCAUGAAGCCUCUCACAGUGCCCUGCCACACGCUCCCAUCUCACCCUCUUACACCGUCCAGACACGCAGAGAGCCGGGGACUGACUGUGGCUCCUGCCUACCACACCCUCCCCCACCCCUCCUCUCAUGGAGCCCCGCACAGCACCAUGAUGUGGGGUCCCCUGGAGCCGCCCAAAACCCAGAAGCCUUGGAGCCUUAGCUGCCUGCGACCUGCGCCUCCACUCAGACCAUCAGCUGCACUUUGCUAUAAAGAGGACCUCAGUAAAAGUCCUAAAAGUAUGAAGAAGCUGCUACCGAAGCGAAAGCCUGAGAGGAAGCCGUCUGAUGAGGAGUUUGCACUGAGGAAGAGUACUGUAGCUUUGGAGGAAGAUGCUCAGAUCCUGAAAGUGAUCGAAGCCUACUGUACGAGUGCCAAAACCAGACAGACUCUAAACUCAACAUGGCAGGGUACUGACCUGAUGCAUAACCACGUGUUGGAUCAGUCCAGCGUGGACUCUCUGGGUCGCCGCAGCAGCAUUUCACGGCCUGAGGCCACAUCGGAUCUAUCAGAAGACUCGGACUAUGACAGUAUAUGGACAGCCCAUUCUUACAGGAUGGGCUCCGUUACCCGACAGCGGCGAGACACUGCUCCAGCACUGAUCGUUCCGGCUGAGGAGAAAAUGAUUGUGGAGGAGAUGAAGAGCAACGGGCAGACAGUUAUGGAGGAGAAGACUCUGGUAGAUGUUGUUUAUGCUCUGAGAGAUGAAGUGCAAGAGCUUAAACAGGACAAUAAGAAAAUGAAACGAUCUCUUGAAGAGGAGCAGAGAGCUCGCAAAGACUUGGAAAGGAUUGUACGGAAAGUUUUAAAGAAUAUGAAUGACCCCUCCUGGGAUGAGACCAAUUUAUGAGAUCGCUAUGACUUGUUUUUAUAUCUGUACGUGUUUCACUGUGUGACUGAUUUUGAAAACAAAUUUGAUGGGUUGAUGAUGAUGAUGAUGAUGAUGAUGAUUUAUUUUUAUUAUUAUUAUUAUUAUUAUUAUUAUUAUUAAUUUUUAAAGACUGAUUUCUUUGAUUUCAAAUAUAUGAUUUGUGGGGCUUGGUCAAGUUUCACAUAUCUAUAAUAUGACUCACUGUUGACUCCUCAUGAAACCUUUCAGGUACUGAGGUACGUGCCCCCCCCCUUCUUUGCUCAUGCUGAAUUAUUUUUUAUUUAUUUAUUAUUUUUGAUCACAGAGAGAAAUCGAAAUCUUAUAGCAUGAAGUCUCAUCAGAUUUAUCAUAUACUCCAGCAUUAUUUAUUUCUGAGAACACUACCUAAUUAAAGCAUUCCAAUGUUAUGCUUUGUUAUUUUCAUAACCAAUUAACAAUCAGUGAUGUAGAAAUGGAUGUGUUAAUGCAUUUUUUGUGAUUUCUAUUUAGUUUCUAAUAGAAAUUCAAGUUAUUUCUGAAGGGCAGAAUUUACCAGCGUUCCUUUUUAACAUGAUUUCAAUAUGAUUUGAUUGAAUUAACUGAAACACUGUUGUACUGUUGAAUGAAUACAUAAUACUUAGUUGUUGAACUGUUGAAUCAUAGAAUCAUGCAAAUUGUAAGCUGAAAUAUUUUGAAGAUUCUUUUUUUAACCCUUAAAUCUGUAGUCACCUUCUAAGAGACCAUGCAACCUCAUGACUAACAUGACCAAGCAAUUUUACGCUGGGAGAGAACUUAUUGUGUUACAGUUUUACCCUAAUAGGAGGUGAAUUGUCCUCUCAGUCUUUAGAUCUCCCUGGUGGUGGUAUAGUAAGAAGCCUAAAGGAACCAUCCCUGGUUCACUUUAGCUUCUGCAAUGAAACAGGAGAAGUCUUUGUAUUUUACUAUUCUGCAUUAUUUUAAUUGUGAACGUUUAUUCAGAAAUACUACAUACGGUACCACUGUUGUACAGAAACAUGUACAUUGUGAAUAGCAGAGAGAUAUGGGCCUCAGCAAUUGUUCUUUUUUCCCUUUGUUAUCCACAAAAUAAGCUGCAGUUUUGCACAUAAUGACUUAUUCAGUUAUAUUUCAAAGCAAGUCUCAUGCUGACAACUUAAAUAUAGAUAUGAAUCAAAUGUCACAUUGAAUAACAAACAAAUCUUUGGUGACAGUUUUGUGAAUAUUUGUGUUGACCUUGCUUCAACUUGCCAUAUUUUUAACAUGUGGAAAAUUCAAUUUUGCCAUGCCCUGUAUGUUGUAGUGUAGUUGCACUAGAGCAUGUAAAGACAAGACAAAUGCAAAAUCCUUAUUUAUGGACUGAUCUUUCUGUAAGUGCUCACUGAGGACUGUGAUCUGCAUCUAACUGACUUUCCUACAAGAAUAACCUCAUCAGAACUCUGUAGGUAUUCAUUAAGGAGUCUCCUUGACCUCCAGAUGGCUGCCCUUGUACAAUGUUGCCAAUGUUACCACAAAUUAAUUAUGUAAAUAAA